GCUCUACAUCCAUCAAUCCCCUCUGUAAAUAGGUCGAGGCGAUAGACAAAAUACACACAGUCACCAUGGUUCAGUUCAAGACCAUUAUCGCCCUUCUCCCCCUCUUUCUUUCCACCUCGCUCGCUUCUCCCUCCGCAAGGAACAACCUUGAGAGCCGUGAAAGCUGCGAGUAUACCUGCGGAAGCACCUGCUACUGGGCCAGCGAUGUUAGCGCAGCCCAGGCCAAGGGAUACUCGCUUUACCAGUCUGGGGACACUAUCGACGACUACCCGCACGAGUACCAUGACUAUGAGGGCUUCGAUUUCCCUGUUAGCGGCACCUACUACGAAUACCCUAUCAUGAGCGAUUUUGAUGUUUACGAUGGAGGCUCCCCUGGAGCGGAUCGUGUGAUUUUUAACGGAGACGAUGAAUUGGCGGGUGUGAUUACGCAUACGGGCGCAAGUGGUGAUGACUUUGUGGCUUGCUCUUCUUAGGGGGUGGGUGCGAUGUAGAUAGAGUGGUAUCUCAUGAAAUGUUAUGUGAAUGUGAGCGACAAAGAUUUCUAUAGUGUAGAGGGUGGAGAUGCAAUUUCAUCAUCAGGGAGUAGACUUAGAGUGGGUAUAGUAGUUU